CGCAUGCGCUGGCGGCGGCGGCGGCGACGUUGGUGUUGGUGUGGUGCAUCCACUUUCGCGGUGGCCUCGCCUACGAAGCCACCGAUAAGUCGCUUAUUUUUAAUAUUCAUCCGGUUGUAAUGGUGAUCGGAUUUAUCAUCAUGGGUGGAGAAGCAAUAAUGAGCUAUAGAUCUCUUCCUUUGAGUAAAGAUGCAAGGAAGAGGAUCCAUUUGAUUCUCCAUGCAAUCGCUCUCGCACUUGGCGCGUUCGGCAUCCAUGCCGCCUUCAAGUUUCACAACGAGAGCGGGAUCGACAACCUCUACAGCUUGCACUCGUGGGUCGGACUGGGCACAAUCAGUUUAUAUGGUUUGCAGUGGAUUAUUGGGUUCUUCACCUUCUUCUACCCAGGUGCUGCAGAUACCCUAAAACGAUCUGCUAUCCGCUGGCACGCGUUGUUUGGGAUCUUCGUAUUCAUACUUGCGGUAGGCAACGCACAAUUAGGGUUCUUGGAGAAGCUCACCUUCCUCGAGAGGACGGGGUUCGACAAGUACGGCUCGGAAGCGCUCCUGGUCAAUUUCACUGCCCUCGUCGUCAUACUGUUGGGAGCCUCUGUCGUGAUAUCUACCCUCGCUCCAAGCAACAUAGAAGAGACCAAGAAAAGUUCUGUAAUCUAAAUGAGUUACCUGUCACUUAAGUUUCUGUACAGGUUAUGAGAACAUUAUGCUUAUGGUUCUGCCGCUCCCCGUCUGCGUAACAUGUAUUGUGAAUGACAAUGGUAGCUUGAACAGAAAUCACUUUCAUUUUGUUGAAACAAUUUCCUAUUUAAUCACAAA